AUGCACUCUUUACUUCAACUCUUUCAAAGGUUAAGCUUCUUUUUCAUUUUCUUCAUCUUGUUUUUUCCAAAUCAAACUCAACAAACAACCCUAAUCUCACCGGUUUCAAAGGACAAACACACAAACCUCUUCACUCUCUCUGUCUACCUCAAAACCCCACUUCGCCCUACAAAGCUUCUUCUUGACCUCUCCUUCUUGUUCCCAUGGACAGUUUGCGGCGACACCGCCACCUACAACUCCUCCUCCUAUCACUAUAUAGAUUGCGACGAAACCUUUUGUGAAUACCUCGGCUUUGGAAACCCUAGCCUCUUGUGUCAAGAUUGCUACAACUCUAACCUAACCUCCUCACAUUGCUCAUCACCAGCCACCAUGGUUUGUGCUAGCUACCCUGCAAAUCCGGUUACCAACGCCGGCGAUGUAGGUUAUGUACUCGUUGACACGCUAGCACUUCCCGGUCUGAGUCGGUCAACUCACUAUGGUCAACUCAUUUCCCUCUCUAAUUAUACCUUCUCUUGCGCUCCUUCAUAUCUUGUCAAAGGGUUACCAAAAGGUGUAACCGGUUUAGCUGCAUUGGGUCGGUCCAAACUCUCGGUCCAAGCUCAAUUUGGUUCAGCUUUGUCUACUUCCCAUUCUCUUGCAAUUUGUUUUCCCGGUUCAUCCAAGUCAACCGGAGUUGCUUUUUUCGGAACCCACGGUCCGUAUUUCGUGUUUUCUAAAUCCAAUAAAAUUAAUCUUUCGAAAAACCUUACUUACACUCCUCUCAUUCACAACCCAAUUGGAAUAACAUAUGAUUUUCUCAUUUCUCCACCUUACAAUGAAUACUACAUUGGUUUGACUUCUAUUAGAGUCAACGGUCAACAUGUUCCCAUCAAUGCUUCCUUGUUGACCAUUAACAAACAAAACGGCUUUGGUGGAACUAAGAUUGCCACUCGUACCCCAUACACUCUUCUAGAACCUUCUAUUUACAAGGCAUUCACCGAGUUGUUUAUAAAGGAAGCUAGUUCAUCUAGGUUUAACCUUACAGUUACCAAUCCUGUGAAGCCAUUUAAGGUAUGUUACUCAGCAAAAGGGUUAAUGGUGACAAAUAAGGGUCCCAAAGUGCCCAUCAUUGAUUUUGUGCUUGAUAGGGAGAGUGUGGUGUGGAGAAUCAUGGGGGCAAAUUCAAUGGUUAGGGUUAAGAAUAAGAAGGUUGACUUGUGGUGUUUAGGGUUUAUGGAUGGUGGGGUGAAGGAGAAAACUUCAAUUGUGAUGGGAGGGAAGCAACUUGAAGAGAAUCUUGUGCAAUUUGAUGUUGAGUCUAAUAGAUUAGGGUUCUUCUCUUUACUCACAUCUCAUCACUCACUUUCAUGUGCUGAUUUUAAGGUCACUGAUUUUGCCAAGCACAUUAAAUAA